AUGUCCUCCGCCGUCGCUCCCGUCGACAUCCUCGGUUCUCUCGCUCAGUUCGAGCCCCGCGACGAGACUCUCCACGUCGGCACCCGCUUCGCCGACCCCGCCAUCCAACUCUCUCAAUGGCUCAAAGCGCCCAACUCCGACGAACUCAUCAAGGAUCUCGCGACCCUCGUCUCCCACCGCGGUGUCGUCUUCUUCACCAACCAGGAUAUCGAGAUCGAGGAGCAGAAGGUGCUCGGUCAGCGUUUGGGCGAGCUUUCGGGCAAGCCUGCGACGUCUAAGCUGCACAAGCAUCCGAUUAGCGAGACGACCUCGGAAUUGGGUGCGGAGAUCUCUGUCAUAUCGUCCAUGGGACCUAUCUUCCUCCGGUUCCGUAGGACUCAUGAUGUGAUGCUGUUUAGGCAUGCGGACAUCACCUUUGAGAAAAUCCCGUCAGACUAUGCUCUGCUCAAAAUGCACACCAUUCCUCCGACCGGAGGUGACACCCUCUGGGCCAGUGGCUACGAGGCGUAUGACCGUCUCUCCGCACCGCUGAAGACGUUCUUGGAGGGUCUCACCGCGCUGCACGAUGGCGAGUUCUUCUCUGACUAUGCGCGCCGGACGGGAAGGUCUCUCAUCCAGGAGCGUGGAGCGCCGGAGAACGUUGGGACGGACCUUACUGCUAUUCACCCUGUCAUUCGUACGAACCCCGUGACUGGGUUCAAAUGCCUCUACGUCAACAAAAGCUUCACGAAACGCAUCGUCGAACUCAGCCAAGAAGAAUCAGACCAUAUCCUCGAAUACCUCUUCCGCCAUAUCUCAGAGAACCAUGACCUCCAGGUGCGAUACAGGUGGAACAAGAAUGAUCUGGCGAUUUGGGAUAAUCGGUCGUCUUUCCAUACCGCUACAAACGACUACGUCGAGAACAGACAAGGCAACCGCGUCGUCAGCCUCGGCGAAAAACCAUACUUCGAUCCGAACUCCAAAUCGAGGAGGGACGUCCUCGGCAUCUUCGUCUGA